AUGUCACUUAAAUUAUUUUUACAUAAUAAAUUAACCUAUGCAAAUAAUCAAAUCCCUAAUUCAAAUAUAUCAUUCAAAGAGUUAUUUGUGGACAAUAUUAAUAUCAAUAAUAUCAAUAAUAUAGAUAGUGAUAUAGAUAAUAAUAUAAAUAAUAGUAUAGAUAAUAAUGUUUUACUAUCUUCUUUUGAUGAAUUAUCAUUAAAUGAAGUAAAUAACAAUAUUGAAAUAAAUCAAAAUCAAAUUAAUAACAAUAAUGUCAAAAAUAUUAUACUUUCAAGUUUUGUUUGCGAUUGGAACUGGUUUUGGAACAAUUUCAAUUUACAGACUUUAAAAAAAAAUAAUGUCAAUGUACAAAUGGCUUUAAAUUAUAAUUUAAAAACUGGGGACACAGAAACUUCAUUAUUAGAAAGUAAUAAUAACAAUAAUAUUGACAACAAUAAUAAUCUAAAUAAUAAUGAUAACGUGGCACAGGAUUAUAGAUACACAUUCGAAAAAGAAUACAUUAAAGAUGAGACUAGUUCAAUGUUGGUCACGAUUAACAAUGAUAAUGAUAACAACAACAACAACAACAACAACAAUAAUAAUAAUAAUAAUAAUAAUAAUAAUAAUAAUAAUAAUAAUAAUAAUAAUAGUAACGAUAGUCUAUUUCAGUUUAAUUUAAUUUAUCCCAAGUUAAAAUCAGAGUUUGAAUCUUUUUUAAGAGUAGUUAUAUCCUCAUCAAAUCUUACCCAGUCUGAUUGGGAAUUAUUGGGCCAAACAGUUUUUGUUGCAGAUUUUAAAAGAAUAAAUAGCGAUAGUAAAAUAAUUAAAGAGCUAAAUAAAGAUAGUUUUAAGGGAGAGUUAUUGGAUUUAUUAGAUGGCUUAGGGUUUUCUAACCCAAAUAAUAAUAUAAAGAAUGAUAACAAUAAUAACAACAACAACAAUAAUAAUAAUAAUAACAAUAAUAAUAAUAAUAACAAUAAUAAUAAUAAUAACAAUAAUAAUAAUAAUAAUAAUAAUAAUAAUAAUAAUAAUAAUAAUAGUAGAGGUAUUAGAAGCUAUUUAGAUGAUUUCGAUUUUUCAAUUUGUACAGAUAAUAAUAUUCAUAUAGUUUCAACAAUACCUUCAUUAAGCAAUGAUAAUAGUAAUCAACAAAAUGGCUUUUUAAAAUUAAAAUCAGUUGUCCAAAAUUAUAAUAGCAGCAAUAACAACCCAGAUGGAGUCUACAGUUUGACAUACCAGAGCAGCGCAAUUGGCAGUAUUAGGAAAAAUUGGUUUGAAAACUUUACGGAUAACCUAUUUCCAAAUUUAGUAAGAACUGAAAAAAAAGUUAGUAUUGUAUUCCCAACACUAGAUACAAUUCAAACUCUUUCAAAUAAAGAUAAAAAUUUAGCAUUGGAGUCAAUAACAAUUAGAUACCAAGAUUUAACUGAUUAUCUCAAAAAGAAAAACCUGCUUUACGAUUAUUUUGAAGAAAGUGGUCAUAAUCAAGUCAUACCAUUACACUCAAAAAUCAUAAUAUUUUUAGAAGAAAACAAACCAAACAGUGGCUGGGUGUACCAUGGUAGUCAUAAUUUUUCAGAAGGUUCUUGGGGUAUGUUGUCUGGAAGUGGUAUAAAAACUUUUAAUUAUGAAACUGGUGUUUGGUUCCCCACAGAAGUAUUAAAGAAGUUUGAAAAUCAAUAUGUACCGGUUCAAAGGUUUGACUACCCAUGCAAUGAAAGGACAAGAUAUGGAUCAGAUCAAUUACCUUGGAAAUUUAGAAAUCAUUCAAAAUAUUUUUAUAAUAAAGAGGAAGAACAAAAUCAAGACCAUACUCUAUAUUAUCACUGGAGUUGUUUUAAAAAAGAAAACAACUUAUAA